CAGACGGCGCCAGAAAGAGGUCCCGGCGCCUGGAGAGCGCACGGGCUAGCGGUUGGUCUCACUCUAGCUGGAGUCCGGGAUCGGCCUUGCGGUUGGUCCCGCUCUAGCUGGAGCCCCGGGAUCGCCGUCGCCGCGGACCUCAGCGCAGAGUCCGCAGAAGCGCACAGCUUCAUCGACAGCACUUAAAGGCAUGGAGUCCUAUCACGGACUCAGCCCCUACGGCGUCAGCUGCCGCAGCCUGGGAGUCGGUCCCGACAGGGAAGAACUGCAAGAAGAGAAGCCUACCGUGGCCUCGAUGAUUGCGAUGGGAGAAAACGAGGGUACGCGGUCCGAACCUGAGCGCGGAGCAGGAGCAGGAGCAGAAGACAACCCUGGCACCGAGGGGCCCGGCCCCGUGGACCGUGCUCAUGGCAGCGUCCACGAGCCCGAGCAACAGCGGGUGGAGCCGAAUCCCCGGGCCGCGGUGGGGCCAGCGCGCCCGGAGAGAAAGCCGCGUCGCUACCGCACCUCAUUCACCCAGUUGCAGCUGCAGGAGCUGGAGAACGCUUUCCAUCGAGUUCAAUACCCCGACGUGACUGCACGGGACCAGCUUGCAAGACGCCUGAAUUUGACUGAAGCCAGAGUGCAGGUUUGGUUUCAGAAUAGAAGGGCCAAGUGGAGACGACAUCAGAGGGCGCUAAUGCUGAGAAAUAUGGCCCAUGUUGCCAUGGGCCCCCCAGUGGGGGUGAUCUUGGAUGGGCCCUAUAAUGCCAUCCCUGUUCUGGAGUCUGCUUGGAGAUGUGUUCAUCUGGUGCCAAGGCCUAUCAUGCCACCUAUGCCACCUGGGCCACCUAUGCCGCCUGGGCCAUCCAUGAUGCCUGGGCCAUCCAUGAUGCCAGGGCCAUCCAUGAUGCCAGGGCCACCCAUGAUGCCUGGGCCACCCAUGAUGCCACCCAUGAUGCCUAUGCCCCCUGGGCCUCCCAUUGGCCUGGCUCCUAUAGGCGUGGCAUGGGCCCCUGUCAUCAAUGGUCAUUAUGCAGGUCCCAUUUUCUAAAGUAUCUUCACGACAGUUUUUUCCAAAGUGUUUCUCUGCCAGAUAUAAAUUGUGCACAGCACAGUAACAAAAGAAUUCAUAAGAUACCUGUUAAAUGAAUUGAAUAAGUAAACAAAGUCAGUGUCAUGUUGUUUUUGUAAGACACAUAAUUUCGUUUUCAAUAAAGGUGUGAACUAGCAGUGCA